AUGAUCUUUUACUUCUUCAUUGCCUCAAUCUUUCCUUCUUUCUUCCUUUCAUCAGAUUACUCUUCAGUCAUUCAUUUAUACUUUCUUUCUUUCUUUCUUUCUUUCUUUCUUUUCUUUCUUUCUUCGCUAAGCAAAGUAUCUAUCUAUCUAUCUAUCUAUCUAUCUAUCUAUCUCAACCAGCUCCUAUCUAUCUAUCUAUCUAUCUAUCUAUCUAUCUAUCUAUCUAUCUAUCUAUCUAUCUAUCUAUCUAUUCCUGUUCAUUAUCUAUCUAUCUAUCUAUCUAUCUAUCUAUCUAUCUAUCUAUCUCAGUGUGUUUACAUUUAUCUAUCAGCCAGUUCAAAUCUAUCUAUCUAUCUAUCUAUCUAUCUCGGUGUGUUCACAUUUCACUAUCAGCCAGUUCAUAUCUAUCUAUCUAUCUAUCUAUCUAUCUAUCUAUCUAUCUGUUGGACUUUAUCAAGUUUCGGUCUUUCUCUCCUCAUUCUUUCCUUUCUCAUUUUCUUUUUUAAAAUUUUUCUCCCAUUCUCUUCCAUUUAUCUCCUUCUCUUUCCCUUUCUCACUUUCAUCCGUUUCUCUCACUUUCUCUCUAUCCACUCCCUCUCUCAAUUUCUCUUCGUCUUUUUAUAUUUUUCUCUUCCUCUUUCUUCCCCUCUCUUUCUAUCACUUUCUUUCAUAUUUUUUAUUUAUCCUUCUCUUUCACUUUCAAUUUCUCUCUUCAUAAACUUUCUCUCACUUUCUCUCCUCUUUUCUCCGCCCCCUCUUAAUUUUUCUUCGUAUUUAUAUCCUUUUCUCCUUUUCUCUUACUCUGUCUAUAUACCUUUUUCUCCUAUUCUUAAUUUAUUCUCCUCUCUCUCACUUGUCAUUUCUCUCGUUGUACUCUUUCUCUCUCCUUUUAUUUCUCUUUCUCUUCCUCUCUUAAUUCCUCUUCGUAUUUCUAUAUUUUUCUCCUUUCUGUAUCUCUCUCUUUUUCUCUAUCACAUUCCCUUCCAUUUUUUUAUCCACUCCCACUCUCUCACUCCACAUUUCUCUCUUUAUAACUAUUCUCCCACUUCGUCUGCCUCCUUCUCUCAGAUUUUAUCUCUCUUUCUCUCUUUCCCUCUCUUACUUUCCUCGUUAUCACAUUUUCUCUUUCUCUUUCUUUGUCUUACCUUUUCUCCUUGCCUCUCCUUUUCUUAA